AUGUUGUGCAUAGUUUUCAUACAAUGCGAACUACUUCUGUUCGCAUUUACCGAUGUAAGCAUCGUGUGUAAUGUGGAAAAGAAUCUCGUGAACAUCUUGCUCGGGAAUCAGGGAGGCCAUGCCUUGACUGUGGCAAUUCUUGCUCACAGACUGGUGACAACGGGUCCAUACACAUACAUUAGGCAUCCCUCCUAUGCUGGCUACAUAAUCGCCUCGCUCACCUUUUUCUAUUUUGUGGGGAUGCGGAGCUGGAUGUGGUGGCUGGUGGAGAUCUGCCGUGUCGCUUUGAUGAAUGUGUUUCGCAUCCCACAAGAGGAGGCAGUCCUGCACCAGAAAUUUGGAAAGGAAUGGGAGAAGUACUGCAGAAGGACCUGGAGGCUCUUUCCUUUCAUUUUCUGA